AGUAAGCGGCGGCCACAUCGGCCAAACCAUAUAAACAAUUUUACAAUUUUGCAAUCCGAAAAUUCGAAAAUACUAAUGUUAGUGUCAACAUAUUAAAUUAAAACCACAACUAGUGGAAACAGCCUAUGUGGCAACCAAACCCAGAUAAUUGUUCUUUUUAAAAUAGGCAUAGUCCUGAUCGGAAGCGGUUGUUCGGCUCCAACGUGCGAAAUAAAAACCGCCCAGAUUAGAGGAAAAAAAAAAUGCAAUGAGUUUAAAUAUAAACCAAUUUAGUGCGUGUGCUGAGGAUCCUUGACUUUCAGCCAGCGCUCAUACAUUUUGGUUUCCCGGCGGCAGUUGUCAUUUGCCGGCGAUGAAGCCCACCCAAGGCGGAGGUAGUGCUGGCUCCAAAAUGUCCGAGCCCAUUGAGUACGUUACGCUGAUUAGCGACGAUUCCGAUGGCGAACCCUCGCCCAAGCGGAACGCAACUGCUCCUGCUGCUUCUACUGUUCCCUCGGCCCCAUCCCAGAAACAGAAGCUGCCGGAUGAUGACUCCAACGACGCACCUGCCACCAGUUCCGCUGCGGACGAGCGGCGCACCAGCAGACGGAACAGGCCCAAGGUAGAUUACAGCAACAGGCCCAGUGGCAGUGGAGAAGCCGCAUCCGUCGGAGAGAAGUCCACCUCGGGAUCUUCUUCAUCGUCUAACAACACCCAGCAGGGAGACCGGAGCCGAAGUCAAAACCAAGCGCAAGGUCGGAGAUCGGAGGCAAACGCAACAUCUGUUUCGGGACAAGCCACAGGAAACCCACGACCGACACAGAAUGGAGAUGCUCGGGAACGAGACGUGGGCACACCCACCGUUCUUUCCGGCCAGGAGGGCGCCGUCUUUCAGUCCCGUCUGCCGUUCAGCAAGAUGACACCCAACGAGGAGGCCUGCUUCCCGGACAUCAGUCGUUCGGGAAUUUUGGGCCACCGAGUGUUCCUUAACAUACGCAACAGUCUGCUUCACAUGUGGGUGGAUAAUCCCAAGGUGCAGCUGAGCUUCGAUAAUGCACUGAAAUCGCUUCCGCCUCCCUUUGACAGCGAACCCGGUCUGGUCAGGCGUGUUCACUCGUUUCUGGAGCGUCACGGAUUCAUAAACUUUGGAAUCUUCAAACGACAUCGUCCGAUUCCCACAAAAAAACUGGGAAAAGUGAUCGUAAUUGGUGCGGGGAUCUCCGGUUUGGCCGUGGCCCAGCAACUGCAGCAGUUCGGCAUGGAUGUGAUCGUUUUGGAGGCGCGAGAUCGAGUCGGCGGACGCAUUGCCACCUUCCGCAAGAACAGCUACAUCGCCGAUCUGGGGGCCAUGGUGGUGACCGGCGUCUAUGGAAACCCUAUGACCAUUCUGAGCAAGCAGAUCGGCAUGGACUUGGUGCCCAUACAGCAGACGUGCCCGCUUUAUGGGCCUGAUGGCAAGCCGGUGCCCAAGGAGAAGGACGAUGUCAUCGAGCUGGAAUUCAACCGACUCCUGGAAUCGGCCAGCUACCUCUCACACCGUCUGGACUUUAACUAUGCCGGAAACUGUCCGGUGUCGUUGGGUGACGCUCUCGAAUGGAUUAUCAGCAUGCAGGAGAUGCAGGUAAUGCACAAGCGGGCGCUGCACAUGCAGGAGAUUAUAGCCGCGCAAACGAAGAUCAUUGAGCACCGGCAGCGCAUCAAAACCGUUAAGCAAACCAUAGACACACUUCGAAGUGAGCAUGCGGCGCUAGUGAAGCAGCGAACGCCCAAAGGUGUGGAGAGUGAUCUAAGCUACGCGCGCCAGGAGUUCAGCAUACGCAACACCCAAUACAAACUGGAUGAAGCCGUCAAACUGUUUUGCCAGCUUCGCGACGAGGACAAGCAGUUGGAGACAAAGCUCCACGAGAUGGAGCAGAACAGACCCAGCGAUGUGUACCUCUCCUCUCGUGACCGACUCAUCUUGGAUUGGCACUUUGCCAACCUAGAGUUUGCCAAUGCCACAAGACUGAACAACUUGUCGCUGAAGCACUGGGACCAGGACGACGACUUCGAGUUCAUCGGUCAUCACACCACCGUUCGGAAUGGGUAUUCUUGUGUGCCAGUGGCUCUCACCGAGAACCUCGAUAUUCGCGUCAAUAGCGCGGUCAAGGAGAUCAAAUACGGUACCCAUGGCGUGGAAGUGGUGGCCGAGAACCUGAAGACCUCCAACUCAUUGAUGACAUACAAAGCCGAUCUGGCGGUGUGUACCCUCACGCUGGGAGUUCUGAAAGUGGCCGUAGCCCAUGAGGAGUCGCAGCAGAGUAAUACGGUCAAGUUUGAUCCUCCGUUGCCUGACUGGAAGCAGCAGGCCAUACGUAGGCUUGGAUUCGGGAACCUUAAUAAGGUGGUACUCUGCUUUGAUCGCAUCUUCUGGGAUCCCAAUGCGAAUCUCUUUGGCCAUGUGGGCAGUACCACCUCCAGUCGGGGAGAAAUGUUCCUUUUCUGGAGCAUUAGCUCAUCGCCAGUUCUGUUAGCUUUGGUCGCUGGCAUGGCCGCUAACCUUGUGGAAAGCGUGACGGACGACAUAAUCAUUGGUCGAUGCAUGUCGGUGCUGAAGAAUAUCUUCGGAAAUACCUCAGUCCCACAGCCGAAGGAAACUGUGGUUACACGCUGGCGCAGCGAUCCCUGGGCUCGUGGUUCCUAUAGCUAUGUCUCUGUUGGAUCCUCCGGCAGCGAUUAUGACCUACUGGCGGCACCAGUUAUUCCGCCAUCCAGUAAGGAAGCGGAGGGUCUUCCCCGCCUCUUUUUCGCUGGAGAGCAUACAAUACGGAAUUACCCGGCCACCGUGCACGGAGCCUACUUGAGCGGGCUACGUGAAGCUGGACGCAUUGCAGACUAUUAUUUGGGCUAUCCAGAAGGCACACCGCCGGAUAUUGGCUAUUCGGUGGCCGAGGCGGCCAACCUGGUGAACGUCGGUAACGUUGUUAAGCUACGCGACCUCUCGCCGAAUCUCUCUGACUCGCCGUCAUCGAAGAAGUCGGAAGAGAACUCAAACUCAAACACUGCCGACUCCUCGGAGCUACAGUAAAUCAUGUAUUUAGUUAAUUAUGUUUCGGUCCUUUGACUGGGCCUUGUCGAUUGUAUAUAUCUAAGACUAUUCCACCGUAUUUUAAGCUACAAUUCAAACGUUUUAUUACCUUUAAAUUACAAAUUGUACAAAUUGAGAGAGACGAUAUAAGCAAUAACAUCGAACAUAGCAUGAAGGAA